GUAAAACUGCGCGAAAUAGCGUGAUCGCCGGAAAUCUUGUCGCGAGAGAUUCGUUAUAUUUCCAGAUAGCGCAUCAGUUCACCUGCAAGAAGGACCUGCAGUGUAUCUUUGAGUCGAUGACGUCGUGUCUCUUGACCAGCGUGGCUGUGGUGAAAGUGUACACGUUUCACUUGAACAUUCGUAAACUAACGAUUAAACAUUUCACCAAACACCUGUUUAACGACUGGGAACAACUGGAGACCGCCGAAGAGUAUGAAGUCAUGAAGUCGUACGCCGAGUACUGCAGACGAUUUUCCUUGAUAUACUCGAUAUAUUGCUUCACGGCUGUGUGUGUGUUUAUGUCGGUAUCGAUCGUACCGCCCAUACUCGAUAUUGCAUGGCCUUUCAAUGAAUCCCGUCCCGUAUUGAUGCCGUAUCCCGGAUACUACUUUGUGGACAAUAAGAGAUACUUCAUUUACAUUUUUUGCCAUUCUCUCGUGGCCUGGGAGAUAAUUAUGGCCGGAAUAGUCGCCCACGAUUGCCUGUUCGUGACUUAUGUCGAACACAUUUGCAGCAAGUUCGCAAUGGUCGCGUUCGCACACAUUCUCGAGAGCACCUUCACCGUACCUUUCGCACUGCAACUGAUCUGCGUUGUGAUAGGGA